CCAUACCCAACUUGGAAUUGAAUUUCUUUAUUCAAAAACAAACGCCCUCUGAAAUCUCUGACCCGAUAGUUUAGUCACAAAAUCUGCAUGUGUACGUAGUUGCUUACCGCGUCCCAUACAUCUCUCUUUAAUGCUUAAGAGCCUUGGAAGAUAGAGAAAAAGUAGGAAGAAAAAGUUAAAGAUAGAGAGAGAGAGAGAGAUCAGUAUCCUAGGCCGUCUCUCUUUUCCUUUCAAGCUUUCAGCUACUUUAUAUUUCAAUCAGAAUUAUGUACUACUAUAUAUUAACCACAUCUUCGUUUUCCAAACUAUAUAUAGGAACCGCACUCUCCCCAUCUCCACCUUUGUUUUUUACGUGUUCCUUAAAACCAGAGCAUUGUACCAGAGAACAAGCAGAGAGAUAAAAAAAAAAAUUCUUCAAGAACAAGUCAAGCAAUAGGUUUGAAGCAAACCCAUUUGGUCAUCUGUUAGAGGAAAGAGGGUCUUGUUUUUGAUCGUUUGGUUAUUGGUGCCUUCUGUUCUUUGUUUUGGAAGUUGUGGGUCUUGGAGGGGUUUCUUUGCAAGUAUGGCCAUUCAAGCGCAGUUGUACUCGGAGAAUCUUGGGUUUCCUUUGUGCGGCUCACAGGAUUGGGUCAUGGACAAUGGUUGUGGUGGCGUUGGUGGGUUCAAUCAAAUCUUUUCCAAUCCCCAACAGAAACAGCAAUUACAACGACAACACGUGCAGCAGCUACAAAAUCAACAAGAGAGGAAUCAAAACCUGUUUUUUGAGAACAGUUCUCUAACUUCUACCUUGGAGGACAACACCAAUGCCAUCGGCAACAAUAGUCAUCUACCAAUGCUGUAUUCUCAAAGCAUUGCUUCUCAAUUUGAGGGACAGAGGCAAGAGAUAGAUCAAUAUAUCAGAGCACAGAAUGAGAGAUUGAGAUCAGUAUUGCAAGAGCAGAGAAAGCAACAACUUGCAGGACUGUUGAAGAAAAUCGAAUCAAAAGCAUAUAUUUUGCUAAAACAGAAGGAUGAGGAAAUUGCCCGAGCGGCUAAUAGAACAAUGGAGCUUGAAGAUUUAUUGAGAAGAUUGGAGUCGGAGAACCAAGCAUGGCGGAGAGUGGCCCAAGAAAACGAAGCCAUGGUUGCAUCUCUUAAUAACACUCUAGAACAGGUUUUGGAAAGAGUCCCUUGUGGAUUCAACAAUGGAGCAGAAGAUGCGGAGUCUUGCUGUGGUGAAAGUAUAGAGCAAGAAGCAGCAGCAGCACAUCAAAACAGAGAGGCAUGGUUUGAGGAUGAGCCGAGAACGAGAAUGGUGUGCAAAAGCUGUAACUUUGGGAGUUCGUGCGUGCUGUUCCUUCCUUGCAGGCACCUUUGUUCAUGCAAAGCUUGUGAGGCUCUUCUCGAUUCUUGCCCCGUCUGCAGAACGGCAAAGAAGGCUAGCAUAGAGGCUUUGAUUUCCUAGGCAAAAUUCCCGGGAAAAGUAAAAAAGAAAGCAAAAACUCAUCGAAAUAUGCUUGGGUUGGUUCAGAGGACGAUCAAUGAACAGUAUCAAUUUAGACGCAUGCACUGUUUUUAGUUUUUAACUUGGAAAUAUGCUUGGGUUGGUUCAGAGGACGAUCAAUGAACAGUAUCAAUUUAGACGCAUGCACUGUUUUUAGUUUUUAACUUUUUAUUUUUACUCUUUAGGGUAUCUGUUUUUGAGAUUUAAGUUGUACCUUAAACAACCAAAAAUCAACUGAACGGAUGGUACAGAGCAUCUUUUCCUUUCCUGGAUUUA